AAAGGCCGACCCCUCCGGUUUCUGCGUGCGGUGCCACGUUAGUAGCGGUAGACACAAAACACCAGCUCUCUCCCAACCUUUGGACGAGGAAGAAGCCGUGAACCGAGACCGACUCCCCGCCGCUACUCCGCAACCGAACGUCCUCGCAGCCCCAUCUCUCUGUCGGGAAGAAACACUUACGAGGCUAACUAUGCUGAAGUUGCUGCUCCUCUGCACCCUGGCCGUGGCCAGCAGGGCUGAGGUCCCCGAGGAGGACGACGUCCUGGUGCUGAAGAAGAGUAACUUGGACGAGGCUCUGAGCGCUCACCCCGACAUCCUGGUGGAAUUCUACGCCCCAUGGUGUGGUCACUGCAAGGCCCUGGUCCCAGAGUAUGCCAAGGCCGCUGGCAUGCUGAAGGCAGAGGGAUCAGCCAUCCGACUGGGUAAAGUGGACGCCACAGAGGAGACUGAACUUGCACAAGAGUACGGUGUCCGGGGAUAUCCCACAAUUAAGUUCUUCAAGGGUGGAGACAAGGAGUCCCCCAAAGAGUACUCUGCUGGCAGACAGGCAGAUGAUAUCGUCGCAUGGCUGAAAAAGCGCACAGGCCCAGCCGUUGCCACCCUGGCUGGGGUCACAGAGGCAGAGUCUCUGAUCGCUGACAAUGAGGUUGCAGUCGUUGGAUUCUUUAAGGAUGCCGAAUCUGCUGGUGCCAAAGCUUACGAAAAGGCAGCUGAGAGCAUAGAUGACAUUCCUUUCGCCAUGACCUCCGAUGAGGCUGUUUUCUCCAAGUUUGAAGUGUCAGAGGACAGCGUUGUCCUCUUCAAGAAGUUCGACGAGGGCCGCAAUACCUUUGACGGAGAGAUGACCAAAGAAAAUCUCCUAGCUUUUGUCAAAGCCAACCAGCUGCCACUGGUCAUUGAGUUCACUGAGCAGACUGCCCCCAAAAUCUUUGGCGGAGAGAUAAAGUCCCACAUCCUCAUGUUCCUGCCCAAAGCUGCUUCAGACUUCCAGGACAAAAUGGACCAGUUUAAGAAAGCUGCAGAGGGAUUCAGGGGCCGGAUCCUGUUCAUUUUCAUUGACAGCGACGUGGACGACAACCAGCGUAUCUUGGAGUUCUUUGGCCUGAAGAAAGAAGAGUGUCCAGCCAUCCGCCUCAUCACCCUGGAGGAUGAGAUGACAAAGUACAAGCCAGACAGCGAAUCCAUCACAGCAGAGAGCAUCGUUGAAUUCUGCACACGGUUCACUGAUGGAAAACUUAAGCCACAUCUCAUGAGCCAGGACAUCCCUAAAGACUGGGACAAAAACCCUGUCAAAAUCUUGGUGGGCAAGAACUUUGAGGAGGUCGUAUUCAAUCCUGCUAAGAACGUCUUUGUGGAAUUCUAUGCACCUUGGUGUGGACACUGCAAACAGCUGACUCCCAUCUGGGAGAAGCUAGCAGAGAAGUACAAGGACAGUGAUGACAUCGUCGUGGCUAAGAUGGAUUCCACAGUCAAUGAGAUUGAGACAGUUAAAGUCCAUAGCUUUCCUACUCUGAAGUUCUUCCCUGCUGGAGAUGACCGCAAGGUGGUCGACUACAAUGGGGAGAGAACACUGGAAGGCUUCACCAAGUUCCUAGAGAGCGGCGGUAAGGACGGCGGCGCCCCUGCAGGAGACGAUGAUGAUCUGGAUGCAGAGGAUUUGGAUGAUAUAGAUGAAGGACCGGACGAGGACUCUGACGGCGAGGAUGGAGGUGACGAUGAACACGAUGAGUUGUAGGAGCUGGCAGUGGAGUGCGAGAGAGAGAGGAGACGAGUCCCGCCCCAACCCUUCCAACCGGUCACCAUCACUACCUUCACUUCCCAGUGGACCUUCCCUGUCCUGUGAACAUUAAUACUUCCCCUCUCGGUCAGUCAGCCGGCCUGUUAGCCAGCUGGCCAGUAAGUCAGUCAGUCCAUCAGUGGCGUGGCAGGGCCUUUUUUUGCCUGCCACUUCUCUAAGCUUGCAGCUUCUGGUCAGACUGGUCUUGUCCCAUAUCUGGGGACUCUGUGGAACAGCACACCACCUCUAUGGGAGACGUCAAUGCCUUCUCUGCAAAGCUCCUCAUCAGCUGUUUGCCUUUGUAUAUUUUAAACCAAAUGUAAAAAAAGAAUAUGGCAUUGAGAUCAAGUUUUCAAAAUGUUUGUUUUUCCUGAUAAAUUUGCUCCCCUCUUAAAAACCAUCUUUCCAUUGAUCAGUGUGGGUAUGAGCUACUUGAGUGUAAAGCGCAUUUGUAGGUAUGUGGGGAUGCCAGUGUUCUUUCCCUCUGACAGUAAACCAGAGGACCAGAGUUUUGUGUGUUGGUUAGGUAAGGACUGAAAUCUCAGGGGACAAGGGGCCAUCCUAUAGAUGUUACUUUUUAUUUUGCAAUGUCUUCACUAAAAUACACCCCACAAAGUUUGUUCAGUGUGGCACAGAGGUUCCCUAUCUGUAGCUGAGACCAAUGAUGCUCUUUCUUUUAAUGGGUGAAGGGGGUUUACUUUGUUUUCAUGUCCUUCAUUCCCAAACUAUUUCCCGGUUCACUCUCCUCAUUUCAGCUCGGCUACUGACUAUUAUUUGAGGGAAAACUUUUUUUUAUUUAAUUGCUUUCACAUGAGGUUUUUUGCUUUUUAAUUUAGGAAUUGUCAUUUUUAAUAACGUACCAUGGUGCCCAGCUGUAGCCAGCUGGCCCUGUUGGGGCAGAGUUGGCCUUUGGACACACUCUCAGACCUGGGAUGGUUUUUGGAGCCAUUUCUGAUAGGUCGCACUGCAUUCAUGCCUAAUCAGAGAUUCAUUGUGGUUACUAAAGCGGACAGAGAUUGGUACAGUUCCCUGGUCAGGUUGUUUUGAGAGAAGUGUCUGUUCUAUCUGAGGUGGGUAGGGAACAGUUGCACAGCCCCACCUCUCACCCACACUGUACCUCCAUCCCUUUGGCUCUACCCAACACCCAUAUUGCCACACAGUUGUGUGUUUGUGUGAGUGUGCAGUUCUGAAUGGUUUAAAAGUGUGUGUGUGUGUGUGUGUAUGUGUUUGGCAUGGAGGGGAGGCUUGAGUAGAGCAAGGUGAUGGUUUUGACAUCUGUACAGCGGUAGGGGAAAAUUAAAAAAAAGCAUUCCAUCAUAUCCAAAUUGAUGUGGUAAACGUGAAAUGGUGGCCAAUAAACAAAAUACUAAAAUAA